UCUUCUAACUUCAUAUCGUUUCGGGUUAUGUUAGUAAAUUGUAAUUCUUAUGUCUCUUGUUGAUAAUAUUUUGAAUAACCUACUAAAAUUUUAACGAUAUAACACGUAUUACGUUUCAAUAAAAGUAGUUGAACAACUGUAGAACAAUGUCGAUUGGUGUUCCUAUUAAAGUUUUGCAUGAAGCCGAGGGACAUAUCGUAACUUGUGAAACGAUCGAUGGCGAAGUAUAUCGCGGCAAACUCAUAGAGGCUGAAGACAACAUGAACUGUCAGGUUUCACAUGUCACGGUUACAUAUAGAGAUGGUCGUGUCGCUCAGAUGGAGAAUGUGUAUGUAAGAGGAUCAAAAGUACGGUUUAUUAUAUUACCAGAUAUGUUGCGAAAUGCUCCUAUGUUUAAAAGUAAAAUGACUAUGGGUGGAGCAGCUGGACGUGGUAAAAGUGGAAUGAUACGAUCAUCAGUUGGCCGAGGUCGAGGCCGUGGUGGACCCCCUAUGGGUCGUGGUGGUCCUCCCAUGGGACGUGGAGGACCUCCAAUGGGUGGAUCAUGGAAUCAAAGACGUUGAGGUUAAAAAUUGAUACCAGAUGCAUACAUACUUUACUUUUAAGGUUUUUGAUUAUAAAUUUGAAUGUAAGAUUUCAAAUAAAUAAGUAUUGACAAUUUUCAAAUAAAUA